AUGUCUUCGCCCAAGGUCCUCAUCAUAGGCUGUGGCAUGGCCGGGCCCGUAGUCGCCUGCCUCCUCAAGCAAAAAGGCUACGCCCCCAUCAUCUUCGAGCGCUCCCCGGCGCCGGCGGACGUCGGCGCGUCCCUGAUGAUCUGCCCCAACGGGCUCAAGGUGCUCAACCUGAUCGGGCCCGUACCCGAUCGGUUGCUCCAGAACGGCCCGCCCGUGCUCGAACUGUGCGACUACAAGGCGUCCGGGGAGGUCCUCGGCCGCUCCGACGUACCGACGGAGUUUGCGAAGCGGUACGAGCAGCCGGCGGUGGGCGUCAAGCGGACACUGGUCACGGAGUGGUUGCGGGAGUUGGCGGUGGAGAGCGGGGUGGAGGUGCGGGAGGGCUGGAAGCUGGAGCAGAUCCAAGAGGGGGAGGAUAGUGUGACUGCGUUCUUUGAUGGGGGAAGACAGGAGACGGGGUGUUUCCUGGUGGGGUGUGAUGGGUUGAAGGCUGCGACGAGGAGGUUAUUGCUAGCGCGUGGGGGGAUCGAAGAGGGGACGCCAUCAUUCACGGGACUGACGCAGACCGCCGGCAUCUCCCCCACGCCCGAAGCAUUCCGCAACACCCCCGGCGCGCGGAACUGGUACGGCGAGCUCAGCCACAUCAUCAGCUAUCCCAUCACCCACGACAAGACGUCCUGGGGGCUGACGCUCCCGGGCAACACCGAGGAGGAAGCCGCCUGGGGCCUCUUCAGCGACGAGAAGCGCGCCGCCGAGAAGGAGAAGAUGGCCGAGAUGCUGCAGGCCAAGAACUGGGACCCCGUCGUGCUGGGAAUGGUCGCCUCGGCGGAGCGGCUCAUCAAGUACGGCAUCUACGACCGCCCCGAGCUCGAGCCGGAGCAGUGGUACUCGGGCCGGUGCGUCAUGGUCGGGGACGCGGUGCAUCCGACGAGUGUGCACCUCGGGCAGGGGGCGAACCAGGCCUGCGAGGACUGUUACUACCUCACGAAGGAGAUUCCGGAUUUCGAUGCGGCGAGAGAGCUGCGCACGGCUGUGCUUACGCAGGCUUUCAGGGCGUACGCGACGAGGCAGCAGCCGCAUACGUCGCUGCUGGUCAAGGGCGCGCGGGCGGUUGGGCUGGCGCGGGUGGCUGCGCCUGAGUUCUGCGCGCAGCGUGACGAGGCUGUGACGAAGAGCAUGGCGGACCGGGCUGGGUUGCAGAAGAAGUUUGAUUUUACGUACUCCAGGCCGUUUUGA